AGCACUCAGCAAGUUUUUUUUUAAUCAAAGUUUUAGUAAUGGGUCUGGGUCAUUGUUUAUGUUUUUCUGACUCUUUUUUUUAAUGUUAAAAUGUAUUUGCGUGCUGUGUGUGCAGGUCCGUCCCUUAAGGAGAUGGAGCUGAACGUUGCAGCGAAUGUAGUUAUGGGUAGCUGUGGGCGUCCGAACAGCUAUGAGCUGCUGACUUGGCUCAAUAAAACUUUACAGACAGGCUUUACUAAGAUGGAGCAGGUAUGCACAGGUGCAGCCUAUUGCCAGCUGAUGCACUGGCUGUUUCCUACGUCCUUGGAUCUCUCAAAAGUCAGAUUUCAAAGUAACGAUGUGGUGGAUGCCAUCCACAACUACAGUUUACUACAAGCUGCUUUUAGCAAAGUUGGAGUUGUGCGACACAUCCCCAUUGAGGCACUGAUGAAGAGGAACUCUAUAGUGACUCUGACCUUCCUGGGGUGGUUUAAAGUUUUCUGCGACAAGAACAAGACCAUGGAUCGGCAGUACGACGCCCUGCAUGCCAGAGGAGGACAGAGUAUGGGUCCUGCUACAUCAGAUGGUCAUUCCACCCAGAACCCUCCUCAAAAACCAGAGAGUAUCGUGAAGGCGGGGGGCAAAAAUGUGGAAGAACCAAGCAAAGAAAAAGUUACAGAGAGUUUGAACAAGGCCACAGAGGCAGUGGUCGUGCUUUCUGAUGAUGAUGAUGAUGUGAUCAUUGUGACGGUGGAGCAGAACACUGAGAACAUAGAGACCAGCGUGGAGCAGAACUGUGAGAAAAUGGAUAUAAACUUGAAAGAAGAGGAGACUGAAGCAAAGCAGAAACCUUUGAAAAUGGAGUUAAACUCGAAAGAAGAGGAGGAGAUUAAGGCGAAGCGAGCAGAAGCAGCAGUGGAAAAUGACGGAAGCCAUAAAUCUUUGUUGCACUUUAUCAGAAGACACUGUUGGAACCAAACAGACCAUUCAGUUUGGUUCACAUCAGACUCUCAGGUUUCUGCCUCCUUGGGCCCAACUCACCCUGCAGAUCUGGUUGAGGCCUGCUCUCAAUGGCCGUACUGCCUCUACCUGUAUGUGGGCGUGGAAAUGGGUGGAGGACAGAACAACAGCAUCGUCCUGAUUGGCUACUUCAACCCGAGCUCAGGGGUCAGCGUGCUGAAGCCGCUGCUCACUCUGCACACCAGCGUUACAGCUGCUGAUACGCAGACUUCAGCUGACUCGGACAGUGACAGCAUCACGGACGCAUCCGCUGCAGAGACGGACGCACGGCUUCUCAUUCAGUCACUGCAAAGAUGUGGCCUUACUCUGUCGAAGGUUUCUGUGUUUUACUGUAACGCUCCACACCCAGCGGUGAGCCGGCCGUUUGUAUCUGAGAUGCAGACGUUUAACCCGAGGCUAGUGUCGCUCUGCGGCCUCCCUGGGAUUGCAUCCAGAGCCUGCCAGGCCGGACUCCUCACUGCCUUUAGUGGCGUAGUUGACCUGAUAACAGACCUCCACUAUCAGUACUACACCCGCUCCUCAGUCAGGGAAACUCUGAGAGAUCUGUUUGCUGGCACAGAGUCUUUUAACCCGUCUCGUCCCAUCUCUGCACAGUGUUUGUUCAUCAUCAACGCAGUGCAGAAGAUGGCCACCAGGUGGAGGGUUUUAUUGGAGUAUUACAGGUCACUAAUGCACACAGAGGACGUCGACCUGAUAAGAACCCGGCUGAUGGAUCAGAAACUCAAACUGCGCUUCAUAUUCCUGUCUGACAUUUUGAGGCCGCUCCAAGCUCUCCAGGAGCUGCAGCAGGAAGCCUCUGGGUGCGUGGCCGACGAGCUCCAUCACACCGCCACGCUGGUUCAGUCCUACGCAACAAGUGUGCUCCGGCUGUCCGGCGCAGAGCGUUUCCUCAGGAAGCGAGACCCGCAGCUCCUCCAAGAUGACAUUGCGUUGCUCCCCGUAACAGAGGUGAACAUAGGUGCUCAUGCCAGAGAAUUCCUGUGGGCCACAGCCGUGGUGGACCUGGGGGAACAGGAGAGGAAGGACUUCCAGAAGGAUGCAGCGACGUUCUAUAAAGCAGCACUCGUGAGCCUUGCGGAGAGUUUACCUGAGCAUCUUGGAGAUUCUGCACUGAGGAACAUCAACCAAGUGGUGAAAAACGGACAUAUCACCGGUAAUUCACUGACCAUGAAGACGCUGUCAGAGUUCGGUGUUCAGCUGGGCCUGGUGAACGCCGGAACACUGACCUGUAACUACCGCAUUUUCAUCAAGACAUUAAAGGAGCAACAGACUAGCUGCUGGAGAAAGAUCCUAAAGGACGCCAGACCAAACUCUGCUCUCCAAGAACUCUUGCUGACCCUCCUGGCCCUGCCCAGGUCUCUUAACAGGACUGUUUUGUUUGCUAAGAUGUCAAUCGAGCCUCCUCCUACCAGCAAGAAACCCCACGAAGCCCCACCUCAACCGAAGAGGAGGACCGGACGACCUCGUGUCAGGAAACGUAGAUCUGUAGCAGCAGGAUGUGAUGACAAGAAUAGAUCCGAGAGUUCAUCAGAGGACGACGUCAAACCGCCUCUGCAGCUUCUUCCCAAUCAUCAUCACAGCAUGGAUGACUCGGACUACACCGACAACUCUUCAGAUGUGGUUGAUGUCACAGAAGAUUUCAAAAUGAGUCGGACCAGGAGACUCGUAAAAGCAUCAAGUGAAAGAACUCCACCGACAAAGUCUCCCUUCAUUAGGGGCUGUGAUGAAGAUGAUGAUGAUGAUGAUGAAGAGGAAUGUGUGAUUGUAACAAAAAAUCCAACCAACUCUGCAGAAUUGCUGGGUGUGACAGGGGAGCUGGUCUGGGGUCAGAUGGACAGCUCUUCUAUCUGGCCGGCCAUCAUCGUACCUAGCAAGGGAGAGAAACAGCCUCCAGAGACAACGAGGGUGGAGUGGUACGGACAGAACAUGACCUCUCAGGUCAGUUUGCAGGACCUGAAACCGUUCGCUGCCUUCGCCCAGCACUUCUCCCACAACUACUUCACCAUCCUGGUCUCCUACCGAGUGGCUGUCUUCCUGGCGCUGCAGGAGGCAGCUCAGCGUUGUAGGAAGCACUUUUCUGCAAGUUAUGAGUCCCGGGAUGAGGUGCUGAAGCAGAUGUUGGACUGGGCUCUCUGCGGGUUUCAGCCCACUGGGCCGGACGGACUCAGAUCAGCUGCUGUAAACGGUAUUGCGGGAAAAAACAAGAGACCGAAGGUGAAGCAGAGACUCUUCCAGAAAGCAAACUCGACCCCGACGACGACCAAAAACAUCAGCGUUGAGACGAAAGACGUGUCGGUCACCCUCAACAAGUUUUCCCCUCAAGGUGGAGGCGGGAGAGCGGAGAAGGGAUCCAGAGGAGGGUGGGAGGCUGAGAGAGAGGACUCGGCCUCCCCGGGGUGGGAGAAGGUGAGGGGAGGGGGGAGAGGCCGGGGGAGGGGAGGGAAGGUCCAGAGGAAGAAGAUCAGUCCGCUGGAUGGAUUUGAUGACGACAUAUCACCUGACUUUCUGCCGUACAAGAAGAAUAUCUACAGCAAAAUGUACAAUAAGGUGAUCGAGGCGAGCGGCUCGUACACCCAGCCGGACCAGAAACUCAGAGAGGAGACUAUUCGUAGGAUCAUGGACAUGAAGCUGGACAUCGAGGGUUUUUGUUUGUGUUGUGGAACUGAAGACGUGGAGAUAUUCCACCCGCUGUUUAAAGGCAGCCUCUGCAGGAAGUGUAAAAAUAACUUGACAGAGACUUUGUAUCGUUACGAUGAAGAUGGUUACCAGUCGUACUGCACCAUCUGCUGCUAUGGCAUGGAGGUCAUCCUGUGUGGCAAAGACAGCUGCUUCAGAUCUUACUGCGCCGACUGUCUGGACAUCCUCAUCAGUCCGGGCUCGUUUGAGUCUCUGAAGCAGCUCGAUCCGUGGAUCUGCUACUUGUGUCAGCCUCUUCAGACCCACGGUGCCCUGACGCCCAGAGAGGACUGGAGCAUCCGUGUGCAGGAGCUAUUCGCCAAUAACAGCGCCAUGGCGUUUGAGCCUCACCGUGUCUACCCAUCAAUCCCUGCAAACCUGCGCAGACCGCUCCGAGUCCUCUCGCUGUUUGACGGCAUCGCAACAGGCUACGUGGUGUUGAAGGAUCUCGGCUUCAAAGUAGAGAAAUAUGUCGCCUCAGAGGUUUGUGAGGAUUCGCUCGCUGUUGCAACCAUCAACCACGACAAGAAGAUCAUCCAUGUAGGAGACGUCCGCUCCAUCACACAGGACAACCUGGAGCAGUGGGGUCCGUUUGACCUGCUGAUCGGAGGCAGCCCCUGUAACGACCUCUCCAUCGUCAACCCGGUCAGAAAAGGCCUCUUCGAGGGCACCGGCCGGCUGUUCUUUGACUUCUACCGCAUCCUCCAGCUGCUGAAGCCCAGAGAGGAAGACCCACGGCCGUUCUUCUGGCUGUUUGAAAAUGUCACCUUCAUGAACACACAUGACAAAGUCAACAUCUGCCGCUUCCUCGAGUGCAACCCGGUGCAGCUGAACGCGGUCCGCGUCAGUCCUGCUCACAGAGCGCGCUACUUCUGGGGAAACAUCCCGGGCAUGAGCAGACCCAUUAUAGCGUCUCAGAACGACAAGCUGAACCUCCAGGACUGCUUAGAGAUCGGACGAGAGGCCAGGGUCACCAAAGUUAGAACGAUCACCACCAACCCAAACUCUUUAAAGCAGGGCAAAGGCCUCACGUCUCUGCUGCCGGUGCUGCAGGACGGCAAGGAGGACAACCUCUGGAUCACAGAGCUGGAAAAGAUCUUUGGUUUCCCCAAACAUUACACCGACGUGAGGAACAUGAACCGGCAGCAGAGGCAGAAGGUGCUGGGGAAGGCGUGGAGCGUGCCCGUCAUCCGGCACUUGUUCGCUCCUCUUAAAGAUUAUUUUGCCUGUGAGGAGCUGCCUGCUCUGACCACCACCACCUCCUCCUCUACCUCCACCUCCCCGUCUUCCCUGGCCUCUCCAGAGCUGCAGCAGCUGAGAUAGGGGAAGUUGUUUAUCCACAGUGUAUGAGGCUGUUUUUAUGGAGGGUUUUCUUCCCGCCACAAGUUGUGUAAGCACAAAUUACCCAUGCAAUCUGCAAAAAGCCAGCAAACAUCACUGCCACAGGGACAUUUUGUCAGCUGUGUACUUGAAUCUCCUGUCUGCCGUUUUUGUGCAAACUGGCCUGCAAAGCUUCAGAAAACCCUCCUGAAUCUGUCAACCUGCUGGAGUUUAAAAGCACAACCAAUCCUUCCUUUUUCCAGCAGCAGAUUUCAGCUGCAAAGACCGACAGAAAAGUGGAAUUAUAGAUAACUUUAUUAUUUAAUUGUAGGAAACUUGAACA